GGCUACAACGAACAAGUGGAACAGCUGGCGGAGUGUGGGAACCUUCGGCAGGUCGAUGAGCUGCUCGGCCGAACGGAGGGCCGGGUGGAUUUGAGCCAGGAGCGGUAUUUGGAGCGGAUGGAGAACUUGAAGAACAAUUUUGCUCGCGCGCACAUCGAAGCUGAGAAGCUCAACGCCAAG